AGCCACACGGCCAGGCCUCCUAUGAGCAGUGCGCCACCCACGCCGCCUACGAUUCCCCCAAUCAUGGCACCGCUCGGACUGCUGCUACUGCUGCCAGUGCCGCCAUUCGCGGGCGGGUUUGAAGUCUGCCCGCCUUGUGCCACGCUUGUAGAAGGAGGUGUGUUGCUGCUGCCAGGCGAGCUGGCCAAGGUGGAUUGCGCACCACCCGCUGAGCUAGUCAAGGCUGUUGAGCUUACGGAGCUCAGAGGUGUCGUCGGUGUCGUCGUUACUACCACGGAUGAGCUCAAGGAUUUCGCUGUUGUCGCUGUUGUCAAACUGGAAAGGACGCUUUGGAUCGCAGAUGAAAGUGUGCUGGUUGCGGCUGGAGCAUUACUCGAGGGCACUGCCGCCGCUCCAGUGCUAACGCUGGAGCAUAAGGAGCUGAACAAGCUCUGGACCUGUUGA